GGGAGAAUCACACAUGGUAACAAGCUCUCUUCUACUCUUUGCAAAAAAGAAACAACACAGAUACACAAAGUCUACUUUUCGUCAACUCAAACAAGGAAUAAACACUCAGAAAUGGCGUCCUCCAGCAGUCUCCUGUCUGAAGAUCAGUUCCAGUGCUCCAUCUGUCGGGAUGUGUUCACUGAGCCAGUCUCCACUCCAUGUGGACACAACUUCUGCAAGGCUUGUAUUAGUGGAUACUGGGAUACCACUAGCCGGAGCCAGUGUCCACUGUGUAAGCAUACUUUCUACAUAAGACCAGAGCUAAAGACCAACACGACACUCAGAGAUGUCGCAGAUCAUUUUAAGAGGAAGAGAGUCAGAGAUGAAUCUCUUCACAGGGCUGGGAAAGGGGUCUGUGACUUCUACAUGGAGAACCUGGAGGACAGAAUCAUGUGUAAGAAACACAACACACUCCUUGAGCUGUUUUGUAGGACUGACCAGAUGUGUGUUUGUCAGUUCUGUACUGAGACAGACCACAAGACUCACCACAUCGUCCAUCUAGAGGAAGAGUGUGGAGAGAGGAAGGCUCAGCUUGGGAGGACGGAUGCACAAGUGCAGCAGAUGAUCCGGGAGCGAAUGCAAAAGGGUUGGGAGAUCAAACAUUCAGUAGAGCUCAGCAAGAGAGACGCAGAGAGAGAGAUAACAGACAGCAUGCAGGUCUUCACUGAUCUGGUGCGCUCCAUUGAGAGAAGCCAGGCUGAGCUCAUUGAGGUGGUUGAGGAGAAGCAGGAAGCAGCAGAGAUGCGGGCUGAAGGGUUCAUUAAAGAGCUGGAGCAGGAAAUUAAUGAGCUACUGAGGAGAAGCACUGAGCUGAAGCAUCUCUCACACACUGAGGAUCACCUUCAACUCCUCCAAAACUCCCUAUCCCUAUGUACCCCUCCAAAUGCCAAGAACUGGUCUGAGAUCAGUAUUCACACUGAGCUGAUGAAUGUGAAGAGAGUUUUGAGGAGCUCUGUGUCGGAGCUGGAGGAGAAGACGAGGAAAGCAUUUUCUGAGCUCAUGGAAAAAUGCAAUAAAGCAAUGGAGAAGUUUCAUGACAAGCUGAAGAUUCCUGACAAUCUGAAGAGUAUGCAGCAAUAUGCCGUGGAUGUGACUCUGGACCCUGAUACAGCAAAUCCCUUUCUCGGCCUGUCUGCGGAUGGGAAACAAGUGAGUAUUGGACAGACAUGGAACGUUCGCCCUGAAAACCCAAAGAGGUUUGUUAGUCGAUGUAUCCUGGGAAAGGAGGGCUUCUCCUUGGGGAGAUUCUACUAUGAGGUGCAGGUGAAGGGGAGGAAUUGCUGGGAGUUAGGAGUGGCCAGAGAGUCCAUUAAUAGGUCCAUUGAGAGGACAAGCUUAGGGGUUUUGUUCCAUUCAGGGCUUCCACUGACCCCUGAGGGUGGAUUCUGGACAAUGGGACAGAAAUAUAAUAUGUAUGGGAAUACCUAUGAGGCCAACACCUCUCCUUCUGUAACCCUCACCUUGGAGACGCCCCAGAAGGUGGGGGUGUUUGUGGAUUAUGAGGCUGGUCAGGUGUCAUUCUACAAUGUGGAGACCAAAGCUCAUAUCUUCUCUUUCACUGGCUGCAACUUCACUGAGAAACUCUAUCCAUUCUUUGACUGUGGGUUUUAUGAUAAUAACGAUCCGGCAUUGAUCAUCUCCCCUGUCAGUCAUACAGACUGAAUUAGGGCACAUUAAAGUUACAGGGCACAAUACGAAGGCUGGGAUUCAAUAUGUAACCUCGCUAUAGUGCGCUUGACAUUUAAAGGUCCUUUCCAAUGGACUACUCGACGUCUGUAGUUUUUACCUUGAAUGCGAACUCCAUGAACGCGGUAACAUUGCCUUUAAAAGCCACAUUGUCGAGUAGAGCCAUCUUAUUGAAUCCCAGCCUUAAUACAUUUUUCUGCCCAAUAGUAGCCCUGCCACUCGGUUUGCUAAAGCUGAGGGAUGGCCUGGAGAAAUGUAACCACUCUCAAAUUCAUAGAUUGACUGACAGUUCAUAAGAUCACAAUUAUAGUAUUCAACUUAUUUUGAAGCUGAGCAUUGUUUGUUGACAAAUAUAUAGUUUACAAACAGUGGAGUAUUGACAUCAGGGCUUGGUCACACUUUAUUUGGAUCGUCCCACAGAUGGUCAUACUAUCAACAAACUAUAUGUUGAUAAGCAACUGCUUGCUAAGGUUACUGUUAAGGUUAGGUUUAGAAUAAAGGUUGGGGUUAGGGUUUGGAUAAGGGUUAAGGUUAGAAUUAGGGCUAGGGUUGGGAUUAGUGGUUAGUUAGUCGAAAUGUUGUCCCAUCUACUUGGGACUAUCCAAAUAAAGUGUUGCCUGCAGCUUUUAAAAGCAAUGUUCCCGCGUUCUCAGAGAUCACAUCUGGUAAACUCUGCGUAUGUUGCCUUUAUUACAUUUACAUUUAAGUCAUUUAUUGCCAACAGAUUGUCAACAACCCGUGAUCGGAUUGAAUGCUGGCCCAUGAGGGUGAUUGUUGAAGUUGGUUGAUUUAACUGGUUGAAUUAUAGGUCCCAAUCAUGAAAUCUACCUUCCAAAUUCAACUUCAAGACUAAGACAGACUAGGACAACUCAAUCGUUGAAUCGUCAAAAAUCAAGUAUCUACAUCUUAAUCACAGAGGACAUCUCCCCAUUAUAUAAUUGAAAUAUUUGAAUUUACAGAGAAGUGGAGGAUUUGUUACAUAUUUUCUGGUGUUAUCACAUAGUGGCUAAUAUUUGGAAAAGAGUGCAAGAAGGGUUAGUCCCUGUUUUACAUGAUUUUGUUAUCUCGCCACAAACAUAGAUAUUGGGAGACUUAAGGGACAGAUGCAACACUAUACAAUGUUUUAAUUCUGCUGUGGGAAGGUUUUCAUUUUUAAAACUCUGAAAACUAAUAUGCUAUUGGAUUCUUUCAAAAAUAACUGUCAAACACUACUAAACUCAGCAACAAAAGAAACACACUGUCCUCUCACUGACGACUGCGUUUAUUUUCAGCAAACUUAACAUAUGUUCAUACAAAUAUUUCCACAAAAAGAUUCAACAACUGAGACAUAAACUGAACAAGUACCACAAACAUGUGACUAACAGAAAUGGAAUAAUGUGUCCCUGAACGAGGGCGGAGGGGUGUCGAAAUCAAAAGUAACAGUCAGUAUCUGGUGUGGCGACCAGCUGCAUUAAGUACUGCAGUGCAUCUCCUUCUCAUGGACUGCAUCAGAUUUGCCAGUUCUUGCUGUGAGAUGUUACCCCACUCUUCCACCAAGGCACCUGCAAGUUCCCGGACAUUUCUGGGGGGGAAUGGCCCUAGGCCUCACUCUCCGAUCCAACAGGUCGCAGACGUGCUCAAUGGGAUUGAGAUCCGGGCUCUUCGCUGGCCAUGGUACUGACAUUCCUGUCUUUCAGGAAAUCACGCACAGAAUGAGCAGUAUGGCUGGUGGCAUUGUCAUGCUGGAGGGUCAUGUCAGGAUGAGCCUGCAGGAAGGGCACCACAUGAGGGAGGAGGAUGUCUUCCCUGUAACACACAGCGUUGAGAUUGCCUGCAAUGACAACAUGCUCAAUCUGAUGAUGCUGUGACACACCACCCCAGACCAUGAGGGACCCUCCAACUCCAAAUUGCUCCCGCUCCAGAGUGCAGGCCUCGGUGUAAUGCUUAUUCUUUCGACGAUAAACGAGAAUCUGACCAUCCCCUCUCGAAUCUGACCAUCACCCCUGAGACUAAACCGUGACUCGUCAGCGAAGAGUACUUUUUGCCAGUCCUGUCUGGUCCAGCGAUGGUGGGUUUGUGCCCAUAGGCGAGGUUGUUGCCGGUGAUGUCUGGUGAGGACCUGCCUUACAACAGGCCUAGAAGCCCUCAGUCCAGCCCCUCUCAGCCUAUUGCGGACAGUCUGAGCGCUGACAGAGGGAUAGUGCAUUCCUGGUGUAACUCGGGCAGUUGUUGUUGACAUCCUGUACCUGUCCAGCAGGCUUAUUGUUCGGAUGUACCGAUCCUAUGCAGGUGUUGUUACACGUGGUCUGCCAUUGCGAGGACGAUCAGCUGUUCGUCCUGUCUCCCUAUAGCGCUGUCUUAGGCGUCCCACAGUACAGACAUUGCAAUUUAUUGCCCUGACCACAUCUGCAGUCCUCAUGCCUCCUUGCAGCAUGCCUAAAGCACGUUCACGAAGAUGAGCAGGGACCCUGGGCAUCUUUGUUUUGUUGUUUUUCAGAGUCGGUAGAAAUGACUCGUUAGUGUCCUAAGUUUUCAUAACUGUGACCUUAAUUGCCUACCGUCUGUAAGCUGUUAGUGUCUUAAUGACCGUUCCACAGGUGCAUGUUCAUUAAUUGUUUAUGGUUCAUUGAACAAAAAAGGGAAACAGUGUUUAAACCGUUUACAAUGAAGAUCUGUGAAGUUAUUUCGAUUUUUACGAAUUAUCUUUGAAAGACAGGGUCCUGAAAAAGGGACGUUUCUUUUUUUGCUGAGUUUAUAAACUAAAAGGAUUGACAAAUGGGACCAAAUGGGACCAAAUAAUACAUCAAGAGGCAUCAUAGACAAAGGAAUGGUUGCAAGUUAAACAUUUUCCUGAAGGCCAGUCAUAUGGCAAUUCUAUUUGUUGUUUUUUCUGUUGAGAUAAUAUACACUGCUCAAAAAAAUAAAGGGAACACUAAAAUAACACAUCCUAGAUCUGAACGAAUGAAAUAUUCUUAUUAAGUAUUUUUUUCUUUACAUAGUUGAAUGUGCUGACAACAAAAUCACACAAAAAUUAUCAAUGGAAAUCAAAUUUAUCAACCCAUCGAGGUCUGGAUUUGGAGUCACACUCAAAAUUAAAGUGGAAAACCACGCUACAGGCUGAUCCAACUUUGAUGUAAUGUCCUUAAAACAAGUCAAAAUGAGGCUCAGUAGUGUGUGUGGCCUCCACGUGCCUGUAUGACCUCACUACAACGCUUGGGCAUGCUACUGGUGAGGUGGCGGAUGGUCUCCUGAGGGAUCUCCUCCCAGACCUGGACUAAAGCAUCCGCUAACUCCUGGACAGUCUGUGGUGCAACGUGGCGUUGGUGGAUGGAGCGAGACAUGAUGUCCCAGCCCCAAUCCCAGAUCCCAGAUAUGCUCAAUUGGAUUCAGGUCUGGGGAAUGGGUGGGCCAGUCCAUAGCAUCAAUGCCUUCCUCUUGCAAGAACUGCUGAUACACUCCAGUCACAUGCAUUGUCUUGCAUUAGGAGGAACCCAGGGCCAACCGCAUCAGCAUAUGGUCUCACAAGGGGUCUGAGGAUCUCAUCUCAGUACCUAAUGGCAGUCAGGCUACCUCUGGCAAGCACAUGGAGGGCUGUGCAGCCCCCCAAAGAAAUGCCACCCCACACCAUGACUGACCCACCGCCAAACCGGUCAUGCUGGAGGAUGUUGUAGGCAGCAGAACAUUCUCCACGGCGUCUACAGACUCUGUCACGUCUGUCACAUGUGCUCAGUGUGAACCUGCUUUCAUCUGUGAAGAGCACAGGGCGCCAGUGGCGAAUUUGCCAAUCUUGGUGUUCUCUGGCAAAUGCCAAACGUCCUGCACGGUGUUGGGCUGUAAGCACAACCCCCACCUGUGGACGUCAGGCCCUCAUACCACCCUCAUGGAGUCUGUGUCUGACCGUUUGAGCAGACUCAUGCACAUUUGUGACUGGCUGGAGGUCAUUUUGCAGGGCUCUGGCAGUGCUCCUCCUGCUCCUCCUUGCACAAAGGCGGAGGUAGCGGUCCUGCUGCUGGGUUGUUGCCCUCCUACGGCCUCCUCCACGUCUCCUGAUGUACUGGCCUGUCUCCUGGUAGCGCCUCCAUGCUCUGGACACUACGCUGACAGACACAGCAAAACUUCUUGCCACAGCUCGCAUUGAUGUGCCAUCCUGGAUGAGCUGCACUACCUGAGCCACUUGUGUGGGUUGUAGACUCCGUCUCAUGCUACCACUAGAGUGAAAGCACCGCCAGCAUUCAAAAGUGACCAAAACAUCAGCCAGGAAGCAUAGGAACUGAGAAGUGGUCUGUGGUCUCCACCUGCAGAACCACUCCUUUAUUGGGGGUGUCUUGCUAAUUGCCUAUAAUUUCCACCUUUUUUUCUAUUCCAUUUGCACAACAGCAUGUGAAAUGUAUUGUCAAUCAGUGUUGCUUCCUAAGUGGACAGUUUGAUUUCACAGAAGUGUGAUUGACUUGGAGUUACAUUGUGUUGUUUAAGUGUUCCCUUUAUUUUUUGGAGCAGUGUAUUUAUUAUUGAUGUUUUUCUGUAUGUUUUUUCUGUUUAUGUCCUUUUGUAGUUUGUUAGGGUAAUAUUUUUUUUCUGUGUGGGUGUUUUUUGUUGUUAGGGUGUUGGUUUGCAUUCUUUGUCUACCAGACCAUUGAUAGUGGGUUGAAGGGGUUGGAAGUUCUGGGGGAGGUGUGGAGAGUAAUCUGGGGGACCAUGAACCUUAAGGUCCCACUUGGGAUGGUUAUUUGUAAGGAAAGAAAGACCCUCAAAGACCCUUGUAAAACAUAUUUAAUCUGUGUAAAAAAUAAAAUAAAGAAUAGUUUAGUCCCCCAAACAUGGGGGUUGGUGGUGGGCUAUUAAUGAAAUAUUAUAUAAUAAAAUAAUAAUUACAGAGAAAUCUAAAGUGAGUUUCUCCAUCUCCACCUAUGAAAUAGCAAGACCAUGUGGCAUAAUAAAAUAGGUCAACAACUUGCAGAUGAAAGCUGUUUAGUACUGAAUCCUAUGAACAAGAGCUCUUGAUAUAUUCACAGUAAUAAAAUGA